AGGAGCAACAGCGCGCAGGGGUCUGGUUUUCAUUUACAGUUUGGCUGGGAACUCAGUCGUCCACCAAAGGCCGCUCAGUUCUCCUGGUCUCCAGCCUCCUGCGAGGACCUCAAGAGUGUUGCCGGCAGCUCGGAGUCCGUCUCUCUAAGGCUGCAGAAGGGAAAGGAGCCGCAGCCGGUGGGGAAAGCAUGCCCCCUGCACAGACAUAGUGCUCUAGAAGUCCAGGGACAGGCGUCUUCAGGCUCGCUCAGGGUUCUUAUUUGGUGCUUAGACAAAUUCAAAAUGAGGAAACAUCGGCAUUUGCCCCUAGUGGCCAUCUUUUGCCUCUUUCUCUCAGGCUUUUCCAUGACUUAUGCCCAGCAACAGCCAGCAGAUGUCAAAAAUGGUGCUGCUGCUGAUAUAAUAUUUCUAGUGGAUUCCUCUUGGAGCAUUGGGAAGGAACACUUCCAACUUGUUCGAGAGUUUCUGUAUGAUGUUAUAAACUCCUUAGCUGUGGGAGAAAAUGAUUUCCAUUUUGCUCUGGUCCAGUUCAACGGAAACCCACAUACCGAGUUCCUGCUAAAUACGUACCGCACUAAACAAGAAGUCCUUUCCCAUGUUUCCAACCUGUCCUAUACUGGGGGAAGCGAUCAGAAGGGACAAGGACUAGAGUAUGUAAUACAAAACCACCUCACUGAGGCUGCCGGAAGCCGGGCCAGGGACGGCGUCCCCCAGGUUAUCGUAGUAUUAACCGAUGGACACUCUGAGGAUGGCCUUGCUCUGCGCUCUGCGGAACUUAAGUCCGCUGAUGUUAACGUGUUUGCAGUUGGAGUUGAGGAUGCAGACGAAGGAGCCUUAAAAGAAAUAGCAAGUGAACCACUGAAUAUGCAUGUUUUCAGCCUAGAGAAUUUUACCUCACUUCAUGACAUAGUAGGAAACUUAGUGGCCUGUGUGCAUUCAUCCGUGAGGCCAGAAAGGGCUGGGAACACGGAAACCCUUAAAGACAUCACAGCACAAGACUCUGCUGACAUUAUUUUCCUUAUUGACGGAUCAAACAACACCGGAAGUGUCCAUUUCGGAGUCAUUCGCGACUUCCUUGUAAAUCUCCUUGAGAGACUCUCAGUUGGAGCUCAGCAGAUCCGAGUGGGGGUGGUCCAGUAUAGCGAUGUGCCCAGAACCAUGUUCUCCUUGGACACCUACUCCACCAAGGCUCAGGUGCUAGAUGCAGUGAAAGCCCUCCAGUUUGCUGGUGGGGAGCUGGCCAAUAUCGGCCUGGCCCUCGAUUUCGUGGUGGAGAAGCACUUUACCCGGGCAGGGGGCAGCCGAGCAGAGCAAGGGGUUCCCCAGGUGCUGGUCCUCAUCAGUGCUGUACCCUCUAGUGAUGAGAUCCGAGACGGGGUGGUGGCACUGAAGCAGGCUAGCGUGUUUUCAUUCGGCCUCGGAGCCCAGGCCGCCUCCAGGGCAGAACUGCAGCACAUAGCUACCGAUGACAACUUGGUGUUUACUGUCCCGGAAUUCCGUAGCUUUGGGGACCUCCAGGAGCAAUUACUGCCGUACCUUGUUGGCGUGGCCCAAAGGCACAUUGUCUUGCAACCGCCAACCAUUGUCACACAAGUUAUUGAAGUGAACAAGAGGGACAUUGUCUUCCUGGUGGAUGGCACAUCUGCUCUGGGACUGGCCAACUUCAAUGCCAUCCGAGACUUCAUCAUCAAAGUCAUCCAGAGGCUGGAGAUCGGACAGGAUCUUAUCCAGGUGGCAGUGGCCCAGUAUGCAGACACCGUAAGGCCUGAGUUUUAUUUCAGUAGCUACCCAAACAAGAGGGACAUCGUAGCUGCUCUGCGGGGAAUGAAGCCCAUGGAUGGCCAGGCCCUGUACACGGGCUCUGCUCUGGACUUCGUUAGGAACAACCUGUUCACAGUCUCAGCUGGCUACCGGGCUGCUGAGGGGGUUCCUAAGCUUUUGGUGCUGAUCACAGGUGGUAAGUCCUUAGAUGAAGUCAGCCAGCCUGCCCAGGAGCUGAAGAGAAGCAACAUCAUGUCCUUUGCCAUCGGGAGCAAGGCUGCUGACCGGGCUGAGCUGGAAGAGAUUGCUUUUGAUGACACCCUGGUGUUCACCCCUGCUGAGUUCCGCGCUGUCCCAUUGCAAGGCCUUCUUCCCGGUGUCCUGGCGCCUCUCAGGACCCUCUCAGGAACCACAGCAGUUCACGCAAACAAAAGGGAUAUCAUCUUUCUUUUGGAUGGAUCGGUCAACGUUGGAAAAACCAAUUUCCAUUAUGUGCGCGACUUUGUAAUGAACCUAGUUAAUAGCCUCAAUGUUGGAAAUGACAAUAUUCGUGUUGGUUUAGUGCAAUUUAGUGAUGCUCCGGUCACGGAGUUCUCCCUAAACACAUACCAGACUAAGUCAGAACUGCUUGCUCACCUGAGGCAGUUGCAGCUUCAGGGAGGUUCGGGCCUGAACACUGGCUCGGCCCUAAGCUAUGUUCAUGCCAACCACUUCACUGAAGCUGGCGGCAGCAGGAUCCGUGAGCAGGUGCCGCAGCUUCUGCUCCUGCUCACCGCCGGGCAGUCACAGGACUCGUAUUUGCAAGCUGCCAAUGCCCUGGCGCGUGCAGGCGUGCUGACCUUUUGUGUGGGUGCUAGCCAGGCGAAUAAGGCAGAGCUUGAGCAGAUUGCUUUUAACCCGAGCCUGGUGUAUCUCAUGGACGAUUUCAGCUCCCUGCCAGCUUUGCCUCAGCAGCUGAUUCAGCCAUUAACUACGUAUGUUAGUGGAGGUGUGGAGGAAGUUCCACUCGCCCAGCCAGAGAGCAGGCGGGACAUCUUGUUUCUUUUUGAUGGCUCGGCCAAUCUCCUGCGCCAGUUCCCUACUGUCCGUGACUUUCUCUACAAGAUCAUCGAGGAGUUGGACGUGAAGCCGGAUGGGACGCGUGUGGCGGUGGCUCAGUACAGCGACGACGUCAGGGUGGAGUCGCGCUUCGACGAACACCAGAGUAAGCCCGAGAUCCUGAAUCUGGUGAAGAGGAUGAAGAUCAAGACGGGAAAAGCCCUCAACCUGGGCUAUGCCCUGGACUACGCGCAGAGGUACCUCUUCGUCAAGUCGGCGGGCAGCCGCGUCGAGGACGGGGUGCUGCAGCUGCUGGUACUGCUGGUGGCUGGCAAGUCGUCGGACCGUGUGGAGGGCCCGGCAGGGAACCUGAAGCAAAGUGGGGUGGUGCCCUUCAUCUUCCAAGCCAAGAAUGCGGACCCAGCUGAGCUGGAGCAGAUAGUGCUGUCCCCGGCCUUCAUCCUCGCCGCGGAGUCCCUUCCCAAGAUCGGGGACCUUCAGCCUCAGAUAGUGAACCUCCUGAAGUCGGUGCAAAAUGGGGCCCCGGCGCCAGUUUCAGGUGAAAAGGAUGUGGUGUUUCUGAUGGACGGCUCUGACGGCAUCAGCAGUGGCUUCCCCCUGAUGAAGGAGUUUGUCCAGAGAGUGGUGGAGAGCCUGGACGUGGGCCCGGACAGGGUGCGUGUGGCCGUGGUGCAGUACAGUGACCGCACCAGGCCCGAGUUCUACCUGAAUUCGUACAUGGACCAGCAGGGCGUGGUCAGUGCCAUCCGCGGGCUCAACCUGCUGGGAGGGCCGAACCCCAACACCGGAGCUGCGCUGGACUUUGUCCUGAGGAACAUCCUGGUCAGUUCUGCAGGAAGCAGGAUGGUGGAGGGUGUGCCCCAGCUGCUGAUCGUCCUCACGGCCGACCGCUCUGGGGACGAUGUGAGGGGCCCUUCUAUGGUCGUGAAGAGGCGUGGGGCGGUGCCCAUUGGCAUCGGCAUCGGGAACGCUGACAUCUCAGAGAUGCAGACCAUCUCGUUCAUCCCGGACUUCGCGGUGGCCAUCCCCACCUUCCGUCAUCUGGGGACUGUCCAGCAGGUCAUCUCCGAGAGGGUGACCCAGCUCACCCGCCAAGAGCUAAGCAGGCUGCAGCCGGUGUUGCUGCCACCCUCAGGCCCAGAUGUCAGCAGUAAGAAGGACGUGGUUUUUCUCAUCGAUGGGUCCCAGAGUGCCGCGCCUGAGUUUCAGUACAUUCGCACCCUCAUUGAGAGGUUGGUUGACUACCUGGACGUGGGCUUUGACACCACCCGGGUGGCAGUCAUCCAGUUCAGCGAGGACCCCAAGGUGGAGUUUCUGCUGAACGCCCACUCUAGCAAGGAUGAGGUGCAGAACGCACUGCAGAGGCUGCGGCCCCAGGGCGGGAGGCAGGUCAACGUGGGCAGCGCCCUGGAGUACGUGUCCAGGAACAUCUUCAAGCGGCCGCUGGGCAGCCGGAUCGAGGAGGGCGUCCCGCAGUUCCUGGUCCUUGUCUCCUCUGGGAAGUCUGAUGAUGAGGUGGACAGCCCUGCCGUGGAGCUCAAGCAGUUCGGCGUGGCGCCAUUCACGGUGGGCAGGAACGCCGACCAGGAGGAGCUGGUGAAGAUUGCCCUGAGUCCCGAGUACGUGUUCUCGGUAAGCACCUUCCGGGAGCUGCCCAGCCUGGAGCAGAAGCUGCUGACCCCCAUCGCCACGCUCACCUCCCAGCAGAUCCAGCAGAUCCUGGCCAGCACGCGCUACCCGCCCCCAGAUGUUGAGAGUGACGCUGCGGACAUCGUCUUUCUGAUCGAUAGCUCUGAUGGCGUGAGACCUGAGGGCAUCGCAUAUAUUCGAGAUUUUGUUAGCAGGAUUGUUAGAAGACUCAACAUCGGGCCCAAUAAAGUGAGAAUUGGGGUGGUGCAGUUCAGCAAUGACGUCUUCCCAGAAUUCUACCUGAAGACUUACAAAUCCCAGGCCCCCGUGCUAGAAGCCUUACGACGCCUGAGGUUCAGAGGGGGGUCUCCGUUGAACACUGGGAAAGCUCUGGAGUUUGUGGCAAGAAAUCUCUUUGUCAAGUCUGCUGGGAGCCGGAUAGAAGAUGGGGUGCCCCAACACCUGGUCCUGGUCCUGGGUGGAAAGUCCCAGGAUGAUGUUUCCAGGUUUGCGCAGGUGAUACGCUCCUCCGGGAUUGCGAGUUUAGGGGUAGGAGCCCGAAAUAGCGACAGAACGGAGCUUCAGACCAUCACCAAUGACCCUCGACUGGUCUUCACAGUGCGGGAGUUCCGAGAGCUUCCCAGCAUGGAUGAGAGGGUCUUGAGUGCGUUUGGGCCCUCCGGAGUCACUCCUGCACCACCUGUGGACCUGCCUCCUUCCAGGCCAGAGAAGAAGAAAGCAGACAUUGUGUUCCUGCUGGAUGGCUCCAUCAAUUUUGGGAGGGACAGCUUCCAAGAAGUGCUCCGUUUUGUGUCUGAAAUUGUGGACACAGUUUAUGAAGAAGGUGACUCCAUCCAAGUGGGGCUGGUUCAGUACAACUCCGACCCCACGGAUGAAUUCUUCCUGAAGGACUUUUCCACCAAGAGGCAGAUUAUCGACGCCAUCAACAAAGUGGUCUAUAAGGGGGGACGACAUGCCAACACCAGGGUGGGCCUUGAGCACCUGCGGCUCAACCACUUCAUCCCCGACGCAGGCAGCCGCCUGGAUCAGCGCGUCCCACAGAUAGCGUUUGUGAUCACGGGAGGAAAGUCGGCGGAGGACGCUCAGGGUGUGAGCUUGGCACUCACCCAGAAAGGGGUCAAAGUGUUUGCAGUUGGUGUGAGGAACAUCGACUCCGAGGAGGUUGGAAGGAUUGCGUCCAACAGCGCCACAGCAUUCCGAGUGGGGAAUGUGCAGGAGCUGUCAGAACUAAGCGAGCAAGUUUUGGAAACUUUGCACGAUGCCAUGCAUGAAACCUUAUGCCCUGGCGUGUCUGAUGUUUCCAAAGCUUGUAACCUGGAUGUGAUUCUGGGGUUUGAUGGUUCAAGAGAUCAGAAUGUAUUUGUGGCCCAGAAGGGGCUUGAGUCCAAGAUGGAUGCCAUCUUGAAUAGAAUCAGCCAGAUGCAAAGAAUCAGCUGCAGUGGCAACCAGAUGCCCAUGGUGCGGUUGUCAGUGGUGGCCAACACCCCUUCUGGGCCAGUGGAAGCCUUCGACUUUGCAGAGUACCAGCCGGAGAUGCUGGAGAAGUUCCAGAGCAUGCGCAGCCAGCACCCCUAUGUCCUCACAGCAGAUACGCUGAAGCUCUACCAGAACAAGUUCCGGCAGUCCUCGCCAGACAGUGUGAAGGUGGUCAUUCAUUUUACUGAUGGGGUGGACGGAGAUAUGGCUGAUUUACAUAGAGCUUCUGAGGACCUGCGAGAAGAAGGUGUCCGAGCCCUGAUCUUCGUGGGCCUGGAAAGAGUGGCCAACCUGGAGCGGGUGACUCAGCUGGAGUUUGGGCGAGGGUUCACGUACGACAGGCCCCUGAGGCUUAACCUGCUGGACUUGGAUUACGAGCUAGCAGAACAGCUCGACAACAUUGCUGAGAAAGCUUGCUGUGGGGUUCCCUGCAAGUGCUCUGGACAGAGGGGAGAUCGCGGGCCCCUCGGCAGCAUCGGGCCAAAGGGUAUGCCUGGGGAAGACGGCUACCGAGGAUAUCCUGGGGACGAGGGCGGACCUGGUGACCGAGGUCCGCCUGGCGUAAAUGGCACCCAAGGCUUCCAAGGCUGCCCAGGCCAGAGAGGAGUGAAGGGCUCCCGAGGAUUCCCAGGAGAGAAGGGUGAAAUAGGAGAAAUCGGGCUGGACGGUCUUGAUGGUGAAGAGGGAGACAAAGGAUUGCCUGGUUCUUCCGGAGAGAAAGGGAACCCUGGAAGAAGGGGUGAUAAAGGCCCGAAAGGAGACAAAGGAGAAAGGGGAGAUGUUGGAAUUCGAGGCGACCCGGGUGAGUCAGGACAGGACAGCCAGCAGAGAGGACCCAAAGGAGAAACCGGUGACAUCGGCCCCAUGGGCGUCCCAGGGAGAGAUGGAGUAUCUGGAAGUCCUGGAGAAACUGGGAAGAACGGUGGCUUUGGCCGAAGGGGCCCUGCAGGAGCUAAGGGCAACAAGGGCAAUCCAGGCCAGCCCGGCUUCGAGGGAGAGCAGGGAACCCGAGGUGCCCAGGGCCCAGCUGGUCCCACUGGUCCUCCAGGCCUGAUAGGAGAACAAGGCAUUCCUGGUCCUCGGGGAGCUGGAGGGAGCGCUGGUGCCCCCGGAGAACGUGGCAGAAUCGGUCCCCUGGGAAGAAAGGGUGAGCCAGGAGAGCCAGGACCAAAGGGAGCAAUUGGGAGCCGUGGACCUCGUGGGGAGACGGGAGACGAUGGGCGCGAUGGAGCUGGCAGUGAAGGACGCAGAGGCAAGAAAGGAGAAAGAGGAUUCCCUGGUUACCCAGGACCAAAGGGCACCCCUGGAGAGCCUGGGACAGAUGGAACUCCAGGACCCAAAGGCAUCAGGGGCCGAAGGGGAAAUUCAGGACCUCCAGGAACAGUUGGGCAGAAGGGAGACCCCGGCUUCCCAGGACCGGCUGGUCACAAGGGCAACAGAGGCGACUCCGUCGAUCAAUGUGCCCUUGUCCAAAGCAUCAAAGAUAAAUGCCCUUGCUGCUACGGGCCCCUGGAGUGCCCUGUCUACCCGACGGAGCUGGCCUUUGCUUUGGACACCUCUGAAGGCGUCACCCAGGACACGUUUAACCGGAUGAGAGAUGUGGUCCUGAGCGUUGUGGGUGACUUGACCAUUGCUGAGAGCAAUUGUCCCCGGGGGGCCCGAGUGGCUGUGGUCACCUAUAACAAUGAGGUGACCACGGAGAUCCGGUUUGCUGACUCCAAGAAGAAGUCGGUCCUCCUGGACAAGAUUAGGAACCUUCAGGUGUCUCUGACAUCCAAACAGCAGAGCCUGGAAACUGCCAUGUCAUUCGUGGCCAGAAAUACGUUCAAGAGAGUAAGGAACGGAUUCCUCAUGAGGAAAGUGGCUGUAUUCUUCAGCAACAGGCCCACGACAGCGUCCCCACAGCUGAGGGAGGCUGUGCUGAAGCUCUACGAUGCGGGGAUCACACCCUUGUUCCUUACGAGCCAGGAGGACAGGCAGCUCGUCAACGCCCUGCAGAUCAACAACACAGCAGUGGGCCAUGCGCUUGUCCUGCCGGCAAGUAGGGACCUCUCAGACUUCUUGAAGAACGUCCUCACGUGUCACGUCUGCCUGGACAUCUGCAACAUUGACCCAUCCUGUGGGUUCGGCAGCUGGAGGCCAUCCUUCAGGGACAGGAGGGCUGCAGGUAGCGAUGUGGACAUCGACAUGGCUUUCAUCUUAGACAGCGCUGAGACCACCACCCUGUUCCAGUUCAACGAGAUGAAGAAGUACAUAGGUUACCUGGUCAGACAGCUGGACAUGAGCCCAGACCCCAAGGCCUCCCAGCACUUCGCCAGAGUGGCUGUCCUGCAGCAUGCACCCUACGCGUCCCGGGGCAAUGCCAGCGUGCCGCCUGUGAAGGUGGAAUUCUCCCUGACUGACUAUGGCUCCAAGGAGAAACUGCUGGACUUCCUGAGCAGGGGGAUGACACAGUUGCAGGGAACCAGGGACUUGGGCAGUGCCGUCGACUACACCAUAGAGAACGUCUUUGAAAGCGCACCAAACCCACGGGACCUGAAGAUUGUGGUGCUGAUGCUGACAGGUGAGGUGCGGGAACAGCAGCUGGAGGAUGCCCAGAGAGCCAUCCUGCAGGCCAAGUGCAAGGGCUACUUCUUCGUGAUCCUGGGCAUUGGCAAGAAGGUGAACGUCAAGGAGGUGUACGGCUUCUCCAGUGAGCCAAAUGAUGUCUUCUUCAAGCUACUGGAUAAGUCGACUGAGCUCAACGAGGAGCCGCUGAUGCGCUUUGGGAGGCUGUUGCCAUCAUUUGUCAGCAGUGAAAAUGCUUUUUACUUGUCCCCAGAUGUCAGGAAACAGUGUGAUUGGUUCCAGGGGGACCAACCAGCAAAGAAUCCUGUGAAGUUCGGUCACAAACAAGUGAACAUUCCAAAUAAUGUUACUUCAAGUCCUACAUCUAAACCUGUGACCACAACAAAACCAGUGACCACGACGACAAAGCCAGUGACCACCACAACAAAACCAGUGACCACCACGACAAAGCCAGUGACCACCACAACAAAACCAGUAGCUAUUGUAAAUCUGCCCUCUGCAAAGCCAGCUGCUGCAAAGCCAGCUGCUGCAAAGCCAGCCCCUCCAAAGCCAGCCACUGCCAAGCCUGUGGCUGCUAAGCCUGUGGCCACAAAGACGGCCACAGUCAAAUCUGCAGUGUCAGUGAAGCCUGCGGCAGCAGUGAAGCCAGCAGCUGCGAGACCUCCUGAUACUCCUGCAAAACAAGUGGCCACCAAGUCCGAUGCCCCUAAGCCCCAGGCAGCCAAACCUGCCACCAGCAAGCCGGCUACUGCCAAGCCCGUGGUGAAGGCAUCCCGAGAAGUUCGAGUGUCUGAGAUCACGGAGAACAGCGCCAAGAUCCACUGGGACGGGCCAGAGCCCCUGGGUGCUUAUUUUUAUGAUCUCACGGUCACCUCAGCCCACGAUCAGUCCCUGGUUCUGAGGAAGAACCUCACAGUCACCAGCCAUGCCCUUGGGGGCCUGCUCGCUGGGCACGCAUACCAUGUCACUGUGGUCUGCUACCUGAGGUCGCAGAUCAGAGCCACCUACCACGGAAGUUUCAGCACAAAGAAAUCCCAGCCUGCACUGCCAGCAAGGUCAGCUUCUAGUUCAACCAUCAAUUUAAUGGUGAGCACGGAACCAUUGGCUCUAACAGAAACAGAUAUAUGUAAGUUGCCGAAAGAAGGAGGGACUUGCAGGGAAUUUAUACUGAAAUGGUACUAUGAUCCAAAGACCCAAAGCUGUGCCAGAUUCUGGUAUGGAGGCUGUGGUGGGAAUGAGAACAACUUCGAAUCUCAGAAGGAAUGUGAAAAGGUUUGCACCCCUGUCCUGGCCAAGGCUGACGUCCUGAAUGCCAUCGGAACCUAAGAGCGGCUGACCGGCGACAUAUACCUCUUGAAGAAGGAGUCAGUCCUCGCCCACUCGCCUCUGUAGACGCCCCGGGUAUGGGCUCCCUUGCACUGUACCCUUACACGCUUGGAUUUACACUCGAACUCGGGAGGAAGCCUUCCGCCGCACGACCUGCCGAGAUGGUGCUAACUGCGUCUGUGGACCCCGCGCUCCCCGUGUCCAGGCGGCUGCCUUGUGUCCUCCGAACUUUGUGUAGUAGUUGCCCACUGCUGGUGUCUGUGUGAACGUGCCUGUGCAUUCAGCCUCCCUCCAGAGUUUCGUGUUAUGCCUGUUCUAGGCAAAUGUAAAUUCUAGAAAAUAGCCCCCGGGCAUGGCUGCUCUCCACUUUUGCUUGGUUCAUUUCUUCCUCCCCUCUUCAGUAAGCAUGUCUGCAGACGCCCGCGCACAGAGGAGGAACGGGAGGCCAGCCUUUUCAUUUUCCCUGCCCAGCGUCCUGGAUGAGGGUUCAAGCUAAUUUUUUUUCUAAAGCCUCUAACAAAUGAUCUAGUUAGAAACAAAAUCCCUUGUUCUGUGUGCACCGUUGGGACCAAUGCCUUCAUUAAAGAAUUAAAAGAAAGUCGUCACAGAGAAUAUUUUUGGCAUUCCUCUAAUGUUGUGUGUGUGUGUGUGUGUGUGUGUGUUUGUGCAGGGUGGGGGUUUAAUUUUAAAAUUUUUAGGAAAUUUAUUCAAAGAAACUUUUUAAUAAAGUAUAUUGAAAGUGUCA